UUUUCCGCAACCACACAACAAGAACGCCAACAACAACAGCAGGACACCCACCACCAAACGGACACUCGCCACCUGUUCAACCCCAACAGACAGACCUCCGCGUCGUCGUCGUGAUGGACUUGUACUUUGAGACACAGCGGCGGCAGCAGUGUGCGCUUCAUGCGACAAACAACUUCUUGCAGCGGAAGGCAUACACACGCGCUGGGUUUGACAGAAUAUGCAAAACGGUGCUCCCUGCGAUCCGUGGGAGCUUUUUCAACCCGUACAAGAGUCCCAUUCCGGGCAUUGGCAACUAUGAUGCAAGCGUCAUCGUAGCUGCGCUAAACGAGCAAGGAUUCGACAUGGAGCAGCACGACCUCAGAAAACCGCUUGGAGGAGACGCAUGCGCAUGGCCCGUGGUGGGUGCCAUCGUCAACAUGCCAGAGACAGGUAUUGGCAGUCGCCUCGCAAGAUGGAGCGGCGUCGGUGAUGGCCGCCACUUCUUCUGCCUUCGUCGAAGAGAUUUCGAGCAGGAUGGCGAUGGGACGUGGGUGCUGCUGGAUUCGAAGCUUGCAAGUCCUCAAGUUGUUGGCGGUGCCGGCGACACGAGGGCGCGUUUGCAGGGAUAUCUCGACAGGCACGCAUCAGUGUAUCUGGUGAAGAUGAGGAGACAAAGGGGGGUGGCACCAGCUGGCGAUGGCGACCACCACGGAGAUGCGCAGGCGGCAGAGACACGGGCUCAGCAGGGUGCAGGACAGAAGCCAGGGGAACAGCAGAAUGGAGAAGAGGAGCGACAAGAAGACCAACACAAGAAGCAAGAUGACCAGCAACACGAACAACCACAGCACGAACAAUAGCAACAGCACCAAAACAACGACACCACCAAAAACAAUGACACCACCACUUUGCAAGACCCCCCCCCCCAC